AUGUACAAGUUCAAGCUGUACAAAGGUGCCGGUGUUGCCGCGAGGGAGGUGCCGGGCUGUGGGGCCCCUAGGUGGAGUCAUCACACAUCUCCAUUUUCUCUGUGUCUGGGUGGGAAGCUUUGUGCCAUAGCAGCGAUUGUGCUGGGAAUCGUGGUUAAGGUGGGUCUGCAGAAGACCAUACCGGUCACCGAUUCAGCAGGCAUAAUAGCUCCCCUCAUCCUCAUUGCAGCCGGUGGGUUGCUUUUCCUCGUUUCCCUCUUCGGCUUCCGGGCAGUCUUGAAAGAGGACUACGCUAUGCUGGCCAUGUUUGUCAUGCUACUUGUACUGAUCUUCCUUGCUCUGAUUGCCGUAGCAACCGCUGGAUUCGUCUUCAGGAACAGAGUCCAAUCCAUUGUCCGUUAUACCAUCAACGAAAUGAUGAGCAGCUACAGGUUCUUCACCUGCAAGAAAAACAGACUCCCUAUGGAUCUAGUGCAGAUGAAAUUUGCCAUUUUUCUCGUACUGGCCAUCAUUAUUGACUUGGCAGCAUUAAUAGCUGGAUAUGUCUUCAGAAAUGAAGUCUCAUCUGUGGUCGACAACAGCCUCGCUGCCAUGAUGUCGGGUUAUAAGAACAACACUGAGCUGAGAACCGCUGUGGAUAAACUGCAGCAGGAUGUGCAGUGCUGUGGUGUGAACAGUACUGCUUACUGGACCAACUACAAACCUAAUAAAAAUUCUGUGCCUGACUCAUGCUGUGUGAAUGUCACUAAAGACUGUGGACUCAACAACAUGAAAAACCCCGUCAAAGUGCACCAGCUGGGUUGUCAACCUGCUGUGGAGGCCCUACUGAGGAAACAAAUCCAGUGGGUGAUCAUUGCAGCUCUUGUCAUUGCUUUCCUGAAGGUUGUGGGGAUUGUGUUUGCUUGCAUGCUGAUAAGAGGUAUUCGCAGCGGCUACACGGUCAUGUGAUCCAGCUUCACACCUGAGCAGGAGUUGGCUGUUCAGGUCAUGCUUUUUGGGAGCUUCAUUUGGAAACUUUAAAUAUGUUCAUAUUAUACUUCAAAUACAAAAUACAACACAGUAUAAUAAUUUAGCAUGCAUUGAUUUUGGAUUCUGUUUUCAGAGGUUAAAACUUUGCUUCCAUAGUGUUUGUGUGUGGAGAUGGAAAAUGGCAAAAAAAAACCCUCUUCUUUUAACUAUCGGUAGCUUGUUAUUGGUUAUGAUUUUGUUCUUUACAUCUUUUACUUUGCUUGUUCUGGUAGAGACUGGGGGUCUGUUUGGAUGCUGAGAUUUAUUUGUAUUGCUGGGUCCAGUUUCAGGUUUUAAUAAAGACUUCUUAAAUUGCACCCAAAUUUGCUUCAAGUCUAAAUACAAACGGAAAAUAAAAAGGACCAUUGAGAUGAAGUUCAUGUAAAUAUAAUAUUAGCAUAGAAACAACAUUCAAAACUUCUGAAUUACAGAAAAGAAAUUAACUUUUGCAACACAUUUAGAUAUGUUGGGCCAGUUCUUGCACAGGAAGCAAAGGGCAUAUCCUAUUUGACACUUUACAACACCAGUACAAGGCAUGUGCAGUUCCCCUCAUAGUUACAGAAGUUCAGAUGGCUUAAAUAGAAGCUUUGUGCUGCAUGUGUGCUCUUAAUCAUUGUCAGCCUCCAAAGCAAGAAGACAUUCAGUAAACAAAGGGCCAUCACCAAUCUUCAGCCAGCUUGUAACUGCUGUGCAGCAAAGGUUUAAAAGGAUAAUCAUCUACAAUAAGAAGUGCAGCCCCUCACCACACAAA